UUUGUGUAUUCAUCACAGGGGCUCCUGGGUGUCCCUGGCUAAUGCCUGGAGGCUGGUGCUCCACAGUAGCGGCAGUCAGCUCCUGAGUGUCCCGGUGCAGUGACUCUGACUCUGGGCUGGUUCUUGUGUCUCCACGGCCCCCCGCGGCGCUGCUUUCCAUACGGGGCGGGGUGGCACUCAGUGCGGCGCACAGAGCACCGUCACAGCAGCUCUCCUGCACCGACUGCCCGGCAACAUGGGUCUGGAGAAGGAAAACAUGGAUACCAGUGUGUUUAUGGACGACGACGAGUUCAACAGAUCCAUAGAGCCCAUUCUGAAGAAGGGGAAGCUGUACGAAGCGGAACUGGACCGAGAUCCGAACGAUAUUAACGCUCAGCUGAAGGUUGGUUUUGACGAUGUCAUCGCGGAGCCCAUCUCCACACACAGCUUCGACAAAGUGUGGAUAGGAAGCCACGCCGUGUUUGAGCUGGUGAAAUUCAUGAUCUACCGGCUGCUCAGCACUCUGCUGGCCGUGCCCAUGGCGUUCAUCCUCGGCCUGGUGUUCGCGGUGCUCAGCUGCAUCCACAUCUGGCUGUUGAUGCCGGCGCUCCAGGGCUUCCUGAUGCUGCUGCCCUCGCUGCAGGUGGUCUGGAGGAGUCUGACGGACAUGUUCAUCACGCCGCUCUUCCACAGCAUGGGGAAGAGUCUGUCCUCCGUCAACGUGAAAACGACAGAGUACUGACGCCCCCUCUGCACCCCCCAUGGAGAGGAAAUAUAGGAUAGACUGCAGUCAAGGAAAAAAUAGUGAACAAAGCUUCUAGUGGAAACCAUGAGCUCUUUAUAAAGUCAAAUAAGAAGUCCUUAAGAAUCAUGCACAAAUGAAUCAACUCAAUUAAACAACAAUUUGAUCAUUGCAGGUGCACAACUACUAGAAAGCUGGGCUACAUUUGGUUAAAAAAAGACAUCUCAGUUAUGUCAAAUUGUUUAAUAGACUGUAUAUUAGUUAAGACUUGAUACAUAUUGAAAUGCAGUCAUUACAUUCUCUUAAAACAAGAGUUAUACCUCAAAUAGAAGUCCUUUCUUUUAAAAAUGUCAUCAAAUUUAAGCCAAUAUUCCUUGAUUUGAUUAAACCUGCAAAUCAACUAUUCCACGCCUUAAGGAUUUGUUAGUCACAAAACAAAAACUCAAUGAUUGUGACUCCUAAUGACUUUAUGAAAAGCUCGUUACCCAAAAAUGGACUUGUUUUGCUGAUUGUGACCAAAAACAAAUUCUUGUCAUUCCAAACAUUUUGUGGCUGAUAGCCGAGGAAUGUGUGUGAGUUGUUGUUCAGGAAACUUACUGAUAGAUAUAUAUAUAUAUAUUUCUGCCUUUUCAUAUAUUGUAUAUAUUGCAAGUCAUUCAGCUAGAAGUUGAAUGUAAUAAGUCUUAAGAGCAGACCGUAUGAAUAUUAAAGAUGCCGCUUGUUGCACAUUUACGGAACGUCCACACGGCAGCGUCGCGUUGAAGCGUGUCUGGCGUGCGACCAACAACCAAUCACAUUAAUCUCCCGCCCCGGACACACAAGCACGCGGUUUGAUUGGCUAGUGCUUGUACUGGCAUAUGAUUUGAUUGGCUGGCGCUUCCGUCGACGCUUGAAAAGUUGAACUUUUCUCAACUUUUGAAGCGAGCAGCGGAGCGGCAAAGCGACGCGACGGAACCACAAUGCAGUUCGGCAAAGCGUGACGUCACCCCAUGCAAAGUGAAUGGGAAGCGUUGACGGAUAAAGCAUGCGACGCUGCCGUGUGGACCUACCGUUAAGGCUUAUUUUGCUGUGUUGAUGUCACAGUGCUUUGGCUAAUAUUGGGCAGUUAUAUCUUUAUCAUGGACUUUAUGCAAUAGAGUUGUUUUUAACACUUGAUUGAACUAUGAUUAAGAACAGGAUUGGAUAUAAUCGAAAAGAGGGUUUUCUAAGUUAUUAUUUUUUGCAACAACCAAUUCUUGAUGUUUGCUGGUAUCUGAUAUAAGAAUUUGAUUUGAUUAGCGCGAUGUAGGCGUUUCACAUCUCGUACUGUUUGGUCUGAGACUCUGGUACAGGAAUAUUUCAUUUAGAGGCUGUUGUUAUCUGCAGCGCUGCUAGAAAGUAGGCUGAGUUUUAGCACAUUUCUACAGUUAGAAAGGAUCAGACAGAAAUAUGUUUUAUCUUUUCUGCCGUAUUUUUGAUACGUUUGAUUUCAAGGUACAAGCCUGCAAACUUCCCUGAGUAAAAAAUAUGCAGCUGAGUGUAAAUGAAAUGCUUAUUUGUCACAAGUGCAAAGCAACCUCUGAUAAACAGACACAAACAACAUGUUGGAGAGUUUCUGUCAUUCCUUUUUACUCCUGGUUCUUCUCUUAAUGCUGGAUGUGCUACUUUGAUUAUAUGUUAGUUACUUUGUCUGCAGUCUUUAUCAGAGCUUGUUUUCUAAAAAAAACAGCUCCCUGCUUAUUCUUGAAAACAGUGUUGAUGUCUUAGGGGGCGACCACAAAGUGCUGUUAAACCAAAUCAAAUAACUAAAAGCGAUUCAAAAGCUCAAUAAAGCUGCAGACAUGCUUGAUAAAUA